AUGGCGGAAAAAGAAGCAACUAUUUACAUUGUGGAUGUGGGCAAGUCCAUGGGCGAGCGCCGCCAUGGUCGAGAAGUAACAGACCUCGAAUGGGCGAUGCAGUAUGUCUGGGAUAGUAUAACCUCAACAGUGGCUACCGGGCGCAAGACGGCCAUGCUUGGGGUAAUUGGGCUCAAAACUACCAACACAUCUCAUGAACUAGAAGAUGACGCUUACUUCUCAAAUAUAUCAGUACUAUCGGGGAUCAAGCAAUUCCUUAUGCCUGACCUGCGACAGCUGGGUGAUGAAAUCAAACCCAGCACGACGGAUAAAGGUGACGCAAUAUCUGCUCUCAUUCUCGCAAUCCAAAUGAUCAUCACCCACUGCAAGAAGCUCAAAUGGAAACGCAAGAUCGUCCUCAUCACCAAUGCCAUGGGCCGGAUGAGCGGCGAAAAUCUAGGGGAUAUUGUGUCAAAAAUCCAGGAAGAUAACAUCAGCCUGGUAGUUCUAGGUCCUGAUUUUGAUGACUCUGAGUAUGGCUUUAAGGAAGAAGAUAAGGAUCCGCGAAAGGCCGAGAAUGAGGCUCUUUUGCGUACCAUCUGCGAACAAUGUGACGGAGUGUUUGGUACGCUCGAACAAGCGGUUUCGGAAAUGGUUAUCCCUCGAGUGAAGGUUGUUCGAUCACCCAACAGCUUCAAGGACGGCUAUCUACAGCUCGGUAAUCCGAAUGAAUAUAAUACCGCCGUCCGCAUUCCUGUUGAGCGAUAUUCUCGGACAAUGGUAGCAAAACCACCGUCAGCUAGCCAAUUUGUUCUGCGUUCGGAUCUUGCCGCCGGCGAAGAAGUGCCGGAAUCGUCUGCUACUGUCACUGGCACUCAGCCCCAAGACGGCGGCUCUCUCACGUCUGUGCGAAACCUAAGAGCCUAUCAGGUUAGUGACGAGAGCGCACCAGGUGGGAAUAUCGACAUAGAACGCGAAGACCUGGCCAAGGGCUAUGAGUAUGGUCGGACUGCGGUUCAUAUCAGCGAGACCGAUGAGAAUAUCACUAGGCUGGAUACUCAAGCGGGACUGGAAUUGGUUGGGUUUAUCCAGAGCGAAAAGUACGAGCGUUAUAUGCACAUGUCAACCACGAACAUUAUCAUCGCCCAGCGUCCGAACGACAAAGCCUCGCUUGCAUUAUCUUCCUUCAUCCAUGCUCUUUUUGAACUAGAGUCCUACGCUGUUGCUCGAUUAGUGGUAAAGGAAAACAAACCUCCUCUCCUGGUUCUGCUCGCCCCUUCUAUUGAGCCCGAAUACGAAUGUCUCUUAGAAGUACAGCUCCCUUUCGCAGAAGAUGUUCGAACAUACCGCUUCCCACCUCUUGACAAGGUAAUCACUGUGUCCAGAAAGGUAGUAACGGAGCACCGAAAUCUCCCUAGCGACAACCUUCAAGCUGCCAUGGACAACUAUGUCGACAGCAUGGAGUUGAUGGAGAAGGAUGAAGACGGUGACCUGGUCGAAGCACCAUUCCCAAUUGAAGACUCAUUCUCACCAGUUCUGCACCGUGUCAACGCAGCCAUUCGCUCCCGCGCCAUCAACCCCAACGACCCAAUACCCCCGCCAGCCGCAAUCCUCACAAAAUUCUCACAGCCCCCGCAACACUUACUCGAGAGCGCACAGCAACAACUCAAGAGACUCAUCGAAAUAGCCGACGUCAAGAAAGUUCCACCCAAAGCCAAGGGUCGAAAACGCGCCCGCGAACCCGAAAAGCCCCUCUCAGGCCUCGACGUUGACUCCCUCCUAAGCCAGGAGAAACGCGUCCGCAUCUCACCCCACAACGCAAUCCCCGAAUUCAAGCAAACCCUAGCACACGCCGAGGAUAUCGAGACAACAAAGGACGCCGUCAAACAGAUGCGUGCUAUUGUCGAAGACCAGAUUAAGCAUAGUCUCGGUGACGCAAACUACGACCGGGUUAUUGAGGGGCUCGGCGUCAUACGUGAAGAACUCAUCUCGUACGAAGAGCCAGGCUUGUAUAACGAGUUCUUGAGGGAGUUGAAGGAGAAGAUUCUCAAGGAGAAGCUUGGUGGGGAUCGGAGGGAGUUGUGGUGGUUACUUAAGAGGAGUAAAUUGGGGCUUAUUGAUCAAAAGCAGUCGGAGCUUUCAGAUGUUACGGAGGAAGAUGCGAAGGCGUUCUUGUCUGCUUCGUGA